UCUCUUCCGCAGCAAACCCCAUUACUAUAAUUCCACUUCUCUCAUGGCUGAAUGUCGCUCUUCCUCCACCGUGGAGCCUCCUUCUCUUCUCGUCUUCUCAGGUGGUACUGGAUUUAACGGUGUGGUUGAAGAGUUGAAGAAGUUAACAACCCGAGUCGCUCAUGUUCUUCCUGUCUCUGAUGAUGGAGGAAGUACUGCUGAGAUUGUUCGUGUUUUAGGCGGGCCAGCGGUUGGUGAUAUACGUUCUAGGUGUUUAAGGCUGUCUGAUGAAAGUACUUCAGAGGCACUUGCUGUUAGGCGGUUGCUCGGCCAUCGCUUACCUAUUGAUGCACAUCAGGCCAAGAAAGAUUGGUACGAUAUUGUAGAAGGUAAUCAUUCUCUGUGGGAUGGUGUAUCAAGACCCUACAGUGAAACAAUCCGCGCUUUCUUGAUUUACUUUCAGAAUGAGAUUCUCAGACGACCUAAUGAGAGAUUUUGCUUCAGUAAUGGAAGCAUUGGGAACUUCUUCUUUGCAGGAGCAAGGAUAUUUUUCCAGUCUUUAGAUGCUGCGAUUUUUCUGUUUUCACGUGUUUCAGAGAUUCCUUGUGACAGUUUGGUCCUCCCAGUGAUAUCAACCAAUGAUAGGCUUACACUAGGAUGUGAAUUACAGGAUGGGACUAUAAUACGCGGACAGAACGAAAUCUCUCACCCGACCAAUGGAACUAUGCAGACUGUUGACAAGAGACAUUGUUCGAAUUCCGCUCUUCCAUCAAAGAUAAAGAGAGUGUUUUACAUGUCAAGUGAAGGCAAUAAUCUGCUUCAUGAGGUCUUCCCACCAGUUAACCCAACUGUCCUGGAGCAGUUGAGAAGUGUGGACUGUAUUGUUUACGCAAUGGGAUCCCUUUUCACUUCCAUUUGCCCAUCACUGGUUCUGCUUGGUGUCGGGGAGAUUAUCUCUUCCAGGUCAUGUCGUAAGGUACUUCUGUUGAAUGGUAGCCAAGACCGAGAAACAAGCGGGUUCACUGCUUCCUGCUUUGUGACUGCUAUUGCUGACGCUCUCAAUAGGACUCAUGGAGAUCCUAAUAUCCGGCUGAAGAAUCCCCCUGGAUAUUACAUCAACACUCUCUUGGUCCCGAAAGAUGGAGAAAUAGCUGUAGAUCUCAAACAAUUGUCUGAACAAGGGAUCAAAGAUGUUAGAGUUGUGGAAUGUGUUGGUGACCCGAAGCACGGUAUCUUGUUCAACCCGAGCUCACUGAUAAACACACUGGCCGGUUUGGUGGAGUAAAUAGUGAUUCUUUAGGCCAGAGCUAGUUUCUUCUUUUAAGCAAAUGAAACCAUUAUUUCUUUUGUUACUGUUAAAUUUGAUCCUUUGGUGAAUUGAUGAUAUAAAAGGUUAUGAAUGGU